AUGCCGAUCGAAUCGCAAUCGCUUACCGGCGAAUUUUGGCCGGACAAUCCUUCGUUCGAGAACACUGUUGAGCUUUAUGGGUCUAGCGUCCGAUAUGUAACUCUUUCCCUUUUAUCAUUUAGCCUGCCGCUGGCAGUGACUACAGCAACUGUCGACCCAUGCGCACGCAUUUCCAAAGCAGUCAGCGAGAGCAACUCUUCCCCUGUUGUUGUGACAGCCCAACUUGCCAAGGACUGUCUCGAGUCAAUGCCUUUCUAUCCCGAACUUGCUGCGAGCUUCAUCGACGAGGUCACCAAGUAUAUCCAGUGGCAGUCUACCCUCGAAGCUCUCAAGAACCCCCCGGAGACAUACACAUCGUUCCCGACCGACAUCUUAGGAGGUCUUAAGAAGAUUCGCAGUACCAACUUCUCAAGUCAGUGGGAGUUUGAUGCAGCGAUUAAUGCACUUCUUCAUACCGCCAACGACGGCCAUCUCAGGGUCGAUUUUUGCUCUACUCUCUUCAGCUUCAUUCGCAACAAGACGUGA